AUGGAUAAUGAGAAUAAAGAAUUUGUCUCGCAUGCUACGCUUCUACGCAAAGAAGAGCUUCAUUGCGUUGUUUGUGAAAUCGAUUUUAUCGAAGUUCAAAAUUCGUUAGCAAAAUCGAAUAAUCAUUGGCAAACAUUAAAAUGUCGAUUAAUUAUUCAUAUUUUUCCUGAAAUUAUUGCAUCUCCCCAACCUGGUACAGAUAAUUCAAUAGUUAUUAUCGUUUCAAAUGAAUUUUUGAAGACUGGAAAAUUGCAGGAAACUUUACGAACUUUGAAUAUGUUGUUUAAAAAUCCACAGCCAGUAACAAGAGAAGAUUAUAUUGUUUGUCUUAAUUAUACAAUAGAAUGUAAAUUAGCACCAAGAUGGAACAAAGUUGGACAAUAUUUUGUUCAAGGAAAACAAUUUUAUAUGUCCAUGCAAGAAAUGAAUGCAUUAAAAUUGGAAAUUUCUAUAAACGAUGAAAACGUGUCGUUUAAAUUUCAACCGAAGAAACUCAAAAUACCGUUUAUACAAUUAGAAGAUUUUUAUUUGUUACGUUCAAUGUUAGUUGAUUUUCUAAUAGAUUGUAACGGUUUUAUCAAUUUGAUAGAUUUUUCUCAAUCGGUAUACGCCUUACCAAGUAUGUGUAAGGGAAAAGUCAUAUCUGUAACUAAACAGAUUCCAUCAAGUUGUCCAUUCAAAGAUUAUAUACAAUUACGUAGACAUUGGAAGAAUAUGUAUGGUUAUCGAUUACCCCAAACACCUGAAGGAAUUAUUUAUUACAAUAUUAAAUUUCCAUUUUCCAAUGUUAAUCGUUUCACAUAUCCAAGUACAUGCGUGGCUUUUAAACCUAUACAAUUAUUUCCUUGCAACGAAAGCGAGCAUAUAAUUUCUCAAUUUAUUGAUGAUAUAUGUGAGACAAUAUCUGAUAUAUGUGGCAAACGGUUACAAAUAUUGUCGUAUCAAAAACCAAAUGUACAAUUAUUUUCGUUAAAUGAAAAUACAUCAAGUAUUAAGAAUAAACUAUCACCACCAGAAAACAAAGAAAAGAGUUCAGUUUUUAUGGAUAUGACAAAUAUUGAGAAAAAACAGAAAUUAGAGUUUUCAUCAAAAUAUGAAGAUUGCUUAUUAACUAAUGCAGAAAAACCAAUGUGUCAAACAUUAAAACCAACUGGAUAUUUAACUGAAAUUGAACAAAUUCAUACUACGAGUAAACCUGUUGCUGUUAAUAAUAAAAAAACAAUUCUUAAUGAUCACGAAAAAAUAAACGAUGCAUAUGAAGAGAAAAUGUCCAGCUUUUGAUAUCAACACAGAAUCAAUGCAUUCCAUACAACAAAGUACACAUACUAAUACAAAAUUAAAUCAAACAUUUGUGAAUAC